AUGCUACUCUUCAGGUUGUGGGUGAUAAAAUUGCUUUCUCAGGUGAUAUGCCAUGAUGUUAAAUGCACCAUUGACAAGCCUAGUAUUAAAUACAAAUCUUACCAUUCAGCUGAUCUCAUCAUUGGUGGCAUUAUUUCUCUGAUUUACAUGAUGUCUAACCUAAUCACUUUCAAAAGAAUUCCAUCAGAAGAACUUCUUGAUGAUCCCAUUUAUUUCAUGGCAACGUGGACCUACCUUGCUUCUAUGGAGCUUCUUUCUUCACAUGACAGAUUUGUUCCCAACUAUAAAUGCAACAUCAACCAAAAUUUAGUUUGUGUUAUUGCGGGACCCAAUUCUCAUAUCUCUCAAGUUAUGGCAGACAUUUUGAGCAUUUACAAGAUUCCACAGUUAACAUAUGGCUCUGCUCCAGUGACGGAUAACAUGAUCCAUACAGAUUUUUACCAUCAGAUGUUUCCAAAUGAACAUCUUCAAAUUAUGGGGAUCCUCCAGUUGCUGCUGCAUUUUAAGUGGACCUGGAUUGGAUUGAUUUGUCAAGAAAAUGAGAUUGGUGAACGAUUUCUGAGGGAAGUGCUUACCAUGUUUUCAGAAAAAGGAAUCUGUUUUGAUUAUUUUGCAGAACUUCCCCCAGAAGCUUUUUCCAAUGAGCUGGGAGAAAAAGUAGAUAAUUUUCUUAAAGUAUACAAAAUCAUUAUGACAAGUACCUCCAGUGUUGCAAUCAUAUAUUCUGAAAACCAGGUCAUGGCAAUUUUCAGAAUAAUACCAUCUGUUUCAGAAUAUUUGGACACAACAGUUGAGAUGAAAGAUAAAGUUUGGAUUUUCCCAGCCCAGAUGGAAUUCACUUCAGUUUCAUUUCAAAGAAACAGCAAUAUCGAGUUCAUCUGUGGGGCUCUUUCUUUUGCAGUUUCAUCUAAAGAAUUAUUAGGUUUUGAUACAUUUCUUCAGACUAGAAAUAUUUUCAUUCUAGAAAAUGAAAAUAGUUUUUCAAAGGUCUUUUGGGAGCAAGCCUUUGAAUGUUCUUUCUCAAAUUUCACUUUAGACCCCAAGUCACAGAAAAGGUGCACUGGGGAAGAGAAGCUGGAGACACUUCCAAGCUCUGCUUUUGAAUUGAGCAUGACUGGGCAAAGCUAUAGUAUCUACAAUGCAGUCUAUGCCAUGGCACAUGCUCUCCAAGCCAUGCUUACACCCCACUCCAAACAUAGAGCAAUGGCUGGUAGUGGGAAACAGAAGCUUCUCAAUCAUCAAGUAUGGCAGUUUCACCACCAUCUGAGAAAAAUCUCAUUUAACAACAGUGCUGGAGAAAAUAUGUCCUUUGACCAGAAUGGGAAGGUUACAAGUGGUUUUGACAUUAUGAAUUGGGUCAUCUUCCCAAAUCAAACCUUUCUUAAGAUCAAAGUUGGAAAAGUACAUCCAUCAGCUCAACUAGAAAGCCCUCUCUCUCUGUCGGAGGAUGACAUUGUCUGGCCAAACACAUUUAAUCAGUCACAAUCUCUUUCUUUGUGCAAUGAACCUUGCUCCUUGGGACACAACAAGAUCAAAAUUGAAGGGAAGCCAUUUUGCUGUUACAAUUGCCUUCGUUGCCCAGAAGGCAAAAUUGCCAACCAGACAGGGUUAGAUGACUGUUUCCCAUGCCCUGAAGAAACCUAUCCUAAUAAGGACCACACUCUUUGCAUUAAAAAACACACAAACUUCUUGUCUUACAAAGAACCCUUGGGAAUCACUUUGACCAUUCUUGCUUUCCUCUUUUCUUUCAUCUCAGCUGUGGUGCUGGGGAUCUUCAUUAAACACCAGAACACUCCCAUUGUCAAAGCCAACAACAGGGGGCUCACCUAUACUCUACUCAUUGCUCUCCUUUUAUCCUUCCUUUGCACUUUGCUUUUUAUUGGACAACCAGACCAAGUAAAAUGUCUCAUGCAACCACCGGCUUUUAGCAUCAUCUUUACUGUAGCCCUUUCUUGUAUAUUGACAAAAACAACCAUAGUGAUUCUUGCUUUCAUGGCCACCAAGCCAGGCUCUAAAAUCAGGAAAUGGGUGGGGAAAAAACUAGCCAACACUGUUGUCCUGUCUUGCUCCCUGGUGCAAGCCACCAUCUGUAGUGUGUGGCUAGCAAUUUCUCCCCCAUUUCCAGAAUCAGACAUGCAUUCCAUUGUUGAAGAAAUUGUCCUGGAAUGUAAUGAAGGUUCACCCAUCAUGUUUUACACUGUACUUGGCUUUAUGGGCUUCUUGGCUGCUAUCAGCUUCACAGUGGCCUUCCUAGCCAGGAAGCUACCUGACAGCUUUAAUGAAGCCAAAUUUAUCACCUUCAGCAUGUUUGUCUUUUGUAGUGUCUGGGUGUUGUUUAUUCCCACCUAUCUAAGCACCAAAGGAAAAUACAUGGUGGCUGUGGAGAUCUUCUCCAUUUUGGCUUCUGCAGCAGGAUUACUGAGCUGCAUCUUUUUCCCCAAAUGCUACAUUAUUGUGCUGAGACCUGACCUGAACAGAAAGAAACAGUUAAUAAAGAAACAAAAUUGA